AUGGAAUCGGCGGGGAACGACCGGAGGGGCGCGGCACUGGGGGGCCUGGCGGUGCUCCCCGACGAGCUGCUCUGCGCCAUCGUCGACCUCCUCCAGCCCACCGACAUCGGCCGCCUCGCAUGCGUGAGCAGUGUCAUGUACAUACUUUGCAACGAGGAACCUCUCUGGAUGAGUAAAUAUCUUUUUGUUGGUGGUCAUUUUGAGUACAAAGGUUCUUGGAAGAAAACAACGUUGUCUAGGCUUAAUCUUUGCUCCGAAAAAAGUGAGCUUGAGCAGAAGGCUCGUCAUUUUGAUGGAUUCAACUCAUUGUACUUAUACAGGAGAUGGUAUAGAUGUUUUACUACUUUGAGUAGUUAUUCCUUUGACAAUGGCCAUGUGGAAAGAAAGGAUGAUCUUUCUUUGGAUCAUUUCCGUUCUCAGUAUGAUGGAAAAGGCCCAGUUUUGCUUGGUAAGCUGGCUGAAUCCUGGCCAGCGAGGACGAAAUGGUCAAUGCAGCAGCUGGUACAUGAUUAUGGUGAAGUUACAUUUAGGAUAUCACAAAGAAGCCCUAAGAAGAUAAUAAUGAAACUGAAAGACUAUGUUUCUUACAUGGAACUCCAGCAUGAUGAAGACCCUCUUUACAUAUUUGAUGAUAAGUUUGGAGAAUCAGCACCAGCACUAUUGGAAGAUUACAGAGUCCCUCAUUUAUUUCAAGAAGAUCUUUUUGAUGUCUUGGAUUAUGAACAAAGACCAGCUUUCAGAUGGUUCAUUAUUGGACCAGAAAGAUCAGGUGCCUCUUGGCAUGUUGAUCCAGGAUUAACCAGUGCGUGGAAUACUCUUCUUUGUGGCCGAAAAAGAUGGGCACUGUACCCUCCAGGAAGAGUGCCUGGUGGUGUCACAGUGCAUGUAAGUGCUGAAGAUGGUGAUGUUGACAUUGAUACUCCAACAUCUUUGCAGUGGUGGCUUGAUAUCUAUCCUCAUCUUGCCGAACACGAGAAGCCACUGGAAUGCACACAAUUGCCAGGAGAGACUAUAUUUGUUCCUAGUGGAUGGUGGCAUUGUGUUUUAAACCUUGAGACAACAGUUGCAGUUACACAAAAUUUUGUCAAUCAAUCAAAUUUUGAGCAUGUAUGUCUAGACAUGGCACCUGGUCACUGUCACAAAGGAGUUUGUCGUGCUGGCUUACUUGCUGUUCCAGGAAAAUCUGUUAGAGAUAUGGAAAAUCAUCCACCUGGAACAAUUACAUUGAACCACAAUGACAUGACCCGUACAGAAGAAAGACUGAAAGGUUCAGGGUCCGUAAGAGCUUCAAACAGUGAAAGCCAGUAUUCUUCAUUUGAGUUCUCAGACGUCGACAAAAGUUUGGAGAACCAAGUUUUCUCGUAUGAUAUAGGUUUCUUAUCUCAAUUCCUUGAGAAAGAAAAAGAUCACUAUACUUCUGUCUGGAGUCCUACUAAUCCAAUUGGCCAGAGAGAAGCAAGAGAAUGGCUGCGAAGGUUAUGGGUUCUUAAACCUGAACUGAGAGGACUAAUAUGGAAGGGUGCAUGCCUAGCAAUAAAUGUGGACAAAUGGUAUGCAUGCUUAGAGGAAAUAAGGGCAUGCCAUAGUUUACCGGCACCGUCAGAGGAUGAGAAGCUUCCUGUUGGGACAGGUAGCAACCCAGUCUUCAUUGUCUCUGACAAUGUGAUUAAAAUCAAUGCUGAAGGAGGCUUGGGUUAUUCUGCCCAUGGUUUAGGCACAGAGGUAUUGUUGCAUUUGUUCUGCAACUUAAUAAAAUUGAAUGCAACACUCACGAUUUUGAUCCCUUUCUUGAUGCAGCUUGAGUUCUAUGAUCUUCUGCGAAAAGUAGGCUCGCCUUUGGUCAACCACAUCCCUGAGAUCAUUGCAAGUGGCUUUCUUGUGUACGAAGAUGGCGUCUACAGAACAGUCCCAUGGAAUGGAAAAGGAAUGCCAGAUGUUUUGGCUAAAUACUAUCCUCUGGAGCUUUCUUACGCAAACAGCUGUUUUCCUCUUGGGUUAUGGAGCAAACAACAGUUUGGAAUGGAUGGUUCCGCUGAAUCUUCGAACAGACCUAUUUGGCCUUACAUGGUUACCAGAAAAUGCAAAGGGGAUAUCUUUGCUCAUGUCCGUGAUACAUUGUCCAAGGCUGACCUAUUGAAUCUUGCAUCAUCCUUGGGAGUUCAAAUGCGAAAUAUCCAUUUAUUACCCCUUCCACAUGGGGAAUCAUUACCCGAACCUGAGGACAAUAAUGUGAAAGACAGUGAUCCACCUGAAUGGAAACAAGUAAUUUCUACUCUAAACAGAAGAAAGAAUAAUAUAAAGAAGCACCUAGCUACCUGGGGGGGCACCGUACCAACAGUUUUAAUUGAGAAGGCUGAAGAAUAUCUCCCUCCUGAUAUGAAUUCUCUAAUCAAGUUUGUUAAGGAUGGCGACGGUGACUCGGUGUACACAUUCCCUUCUUGGAUACAUUCAGAUAUUAUGGACGAUAACAUUCUUACUCAGAGGGCUCCCGAAAUGGGUUCCCUCACUGAUACCAAAAGCACUGGUGACGGAGAUCUGGAGAAACUGAAUGAAAUCCAUAUCAUUGACUUCAGUGAUCUGUACAUUGGGGAUCCUCUAUGCGACUUAAUUCCGCUGCACUUGGAUGUUUUCCGUGGUGAUAUUGAUCUUCUGAGGGAGUACCUUAGAAGCUAUCAGCUUCCUUUCCUCAGAGGGAAAUCAAACAACGACAUCUACAAGUCGGUGCAAAAUUCGAAGUUCAGCACCGCAUCAUAUCGCGCGAUGUGCUACUGCAUACUGCACGACGACAACGUCUUGGCGGCUAUAUUUGGCCUGUGGAAGGAGCUGAGGGAUGCAACGUCGUGGGAGGAUGUCGAGCACUUGGUCUGGGAUGACCUGAACCGAUACCAGCAAUCGUCGCCUACACUCUCUAGCUAG